AUGAAUUCUAUUAGAACUUUCUCAAUACACCUUGUAGGAGGCUCUCAGGAUAAUGAAUUAAUACAAAGCGGGGAUUUCGACAACCUCUUUGCAUCCCCAGAAUAUCUUGUUGGAGAUAAAACGUUCCGGGCCAAGAUUCAAACCUUUGAUGUGUCCACGAUAGUUGUUGAUGAGUUCCAUACCAUUUCAACCUGGGGUGAAGAGGAGGGAAAACAAGCAUUCCGCAAAUGGUUUUCGCACAUUGGAGAACUGAGAUCACUUUUUCCCAAAGCCUCAGUGCUUGCAUUGAGUGCUACGUGCACCAAGAAAAUAUCAAGAAGAGUUUCAAAAAUUCUCCAACUUGGCAUCGACACAACCGAAAUUAGAAUUUCACCCAACAGAGAUAACAUCAAGGUUGUUGUGAAAAAAAUUCCAAAUACUACAGAGAUGGCCAUGGUUUGGAUUAUUGAUGCUUUAUCGGAUGGGACGUUACCAAGAACAAUUCUGUACUGUACAUCAAUAAAAGAUGCCUCAAAAAUAUAUUCCUACAUAAUAACAGAACUUCCACAGUGUUCCGAGGUGCAGAUGUUUCAUUCAGAAACCCCAGAGGACGUCAAGAACAAAAUUCUGCAAGAUUUAUUGGAUGAAAAAAGUGCCACCAAACUUGUUAUAGCCACAAGUGCACUAGGUAUGGGAGUGGACAUUAGACAGUAUUAUAGUGUCAUUCUUUAUGGUGCCCCCAAGAGCAUAGUUGACACUGUGCAAGAAAUAGGGUGUGACUGUGGGACAUGUGAUUUGACCCCUAUAGAGAAACUUUUUAUGGUGGAUACUGUCGAAUUUAGUGACCUUAGUUCAUCUGAUACCGAACCUUAUAAUUCUGAUGAGAUUGACGACAAUAUUGAUGAUCUUGUGUCUGAUUAA